CCAACAUUCAUUAUAAGUAGAAGAAGAACUACUGUUGUUAGCCUGCUAUGCUAACAUCCAACAGAACAUGAUGCUACUCGGCUAAAUGCUUUCGGAUCAAGUCUUCUACUACACACGUGGUUUUGUUUCGUUUAUAACAAUUGUCGGCAGAAGUAAAGCAAGUCGCCAUCUUCCGUAUUCGGUCUUCGCUGCGUUCUCGGAGAAGUUAGUUGGCUAAAGCGUUUGGAUGGAAAUGUCUACAAUCCAGAGUUUAAGACAGUUUAUCAACGAGAGGUUACAAACUGCUGCUGAAGACAUAUUAGGAUGUUUUGAAGCGACUGUCGCAAAGUACGAGGAUGAGAUCGGUCGUCAGCGCAGACUGCUGGAUGUAACUUUGAAACCUGUAGUAAAGCUGCAGAGAAUAGAGCUCCCACAGCGACAUGUCUGUAUCAAGGAAGAGUUUCCUGCUGACCUGCUGGAGAGGAACCCCAGUCCAGACCAAGAGGAGCCAGAACCUCCACAGAUUAAGGAGCAACAGGAGGAGCACUGCAUCGAGCUCCCAGAGCAACAUUUUCUGAAUGAGGAAGAGUUUCCAUCUGAUCAGCAGCUCUGGAGCCUUGAGAGGAACCCCAGUCUGGACCAAGAGGAGCCAGAUCCUCCACAGAUUAAAGAGGAGGAGGAGCUGUGCACCAGUCUGGAAGUAGAGCAGCUUGUACUGAAGCAGGAGGAUCAAGACAACCUUUUGUUUAAUCCUACUUUCAAGGAAAGUGACCACAGUGAACCAGAACCAAGUGACCACCAGCUCCUCUCCCACAGCUCAGCUCAGAGCCAAGAUCUCAAAGGAGGCCAGCAUGGAAACUCAAAAUCAGUUAGUAAUGCAGAGCAGGCAUCAGAAAAGGGACAUCAUGUCAUCACAAGAGCAAAAGAAAGCACAAGUCCCAGUUACCUUGCAUGUAGCACUACCAUGUUAAAGAUUGUGCCGAAUAUCUGCAAGAGUAAAAAGGUUUUCCAGUGUGACACUUGUGGAAAAGUCUUUAAGUGGAAGUCACAAUUAAAUAGACAUCUGAAGGUGCACACAGGUGAGAAACCAUAUCUUUGCAAAACCUGUGGAAAAAGGUUUUGUUACAAGUCAGCACUAAAAACACAUUUGAGAGUCCACACAGGGGAGAAACUGCAUUCUUGCGAAAUGUGUGAAAAAAGUUUCACAAGUAGCACAAAUUUGAAGAUCCACGAGAGAACACACACGGGCUGAAACCUUUUUCUUGCAAAACUUGUGGGAAAAGUUUUACAACUAGAAAUUACCUGAAAAUUCACGAGAGAACGCAUACAGGCGAGAUACCUUUUCCUUGCAAAACUUGUGGGAGAAGUUUUACAA